AUGUUGACAGACAUUGUGCGCACUGCCUGUAGGUCAUCAAUUACAAAUUCUUUUACCAAAGCUGGUCGCUCUUCGCUAAAAGGAGCACCGGUACGAUGGUUCACCGGGAAAGGUGUCGAUUCAGAACGAAAGUUUAGAAUACGAUCUACAGUGUAUUAUGUGGCAGCUGCUGGUGUUUUGACCGUCGGUCUAAGCUAUGCAGCCGUUCCGUUGUAUCGUAUGUUUUGCCAAGCGUACAGCUAUGGAGGCACCACAAGUCAGGGGCACGAUGGUGAGAAGGUUGAGACCAUGCAAAAAGUGAAGGAUAGAGUGUUAAAGAUAAAGUUUAAUGCCGAUAUAGGUGCAUCGAUGCGGUGGAAUUUCAAACCACAACAAACCGAGAUUAAGGUCGUUCCCGGUGAAACGGCGCUAGCAUUCUAUUCGGCAAAAAAUCCCACCGACCAUCCCGUUGUUGGAAUUAGUACGUACAACGUGAUUCCGUUUGAAGCCGGAGCGUAUUUCAAUAAAAUACAGUGCUUUUGCUUCGAGGAACAGCAGCUCAAUCCGCACGAGGAGGUAGACUUGCCGGUAUUCUUCUAUAUCGAUCCGGAAUUUAUCGAGGACCCUAAGAUGGAACUCGUAGAUUCAAUAACGUUAUCGUACACUUUCUUUGAAUCGAAAGAUGGUGUUAACAUACAGAUGCCGGUGUAUGCAAAAAAAAAUGGUUAA